AUGAUAAUAAAACGAAUUUCCGAAGGAAUUUGUGCGGUGGCGAAUGUAUCGAUACACUUUCACCCCGCAGGGUCAGCUGGCCGAGCGAAGCCUGCGCUCAGUGCGUUCAAUGCCAGUCGUACCGUCGUUCGAUACGCAAGUGUACUAUCGACCUCGCCCAAAACAAGGAAAAUGGCAGACAAAUUAAAUAAAGAAGAGCGCGAUACCCUUCUGCAGCCACUGCUGCAGUCUGGGUGGAAAGUACAAGACAACCGGGAUGCUAUUGAGAAAGAGUUCAAAUUCAAGGAUUUUAACCAAGCUUUUGGAUUUAUGACAAGAGUAGCUCUUCUUGCUGAGAAAAUGGAUCAUCAUCCAGAAUGGUUCAAUGUUUAUAAUAAAUUACAGGUCACAUUGUCUUCGCAUGAUUGCAAUGGAUUGAGCAAAAGGGAUAUAAAAAUGGCAACCUUUAUGGACAAGAAUUUUGCAAGCUAA